AUGGUCCCGGACAGCUGGAGCUGGAACGUCGACGACAGCCUAGCACACCAGGACAAAGCCGGCGUUCAGAUGCAGAUGCUGUCAUACCUCCCGCAAACACUGGACAAGCUGAGGGCGAGCAAUGACUACGCGGCAAGUGUGGUGAAGAAACACCCAAAGAGAUUCGGUAUGCUCUGCGCCUUGCCAACGGACCAGCCUCGAGAGUGCUUCGAGGAGAUCGAACGAUCACGACAAGAGUUGCAUGCCGAUGGCUUCGAAGUCAGCGCAGUGUACAAGGACGUCAUGCUCAGCGACGAGAGACUGGAAACUGUCUGGCAAAAGCUGAAUGACAUGGGGGCAACAGUCUUCAGUCAUUCAAACGCAUAUGCGCCACCCAGAGACGGCAGACCAGCGCCGCUCAUCGAAGUGGCGUUCGAGACUUGCAGAGUCAUCGUCGACAUGCUUUACCGUGGCAUCUUCAAGCGGUACCCGAACAUCAAGUUCGUGUUCAGUCAUUGCGGUGGUGUUACGCCCAUCUUGGCAGGGCGGCUGGAGCUGCUAGGUGCGGAGCCAUGGGUGCCCAAUCCGCAGAAUCUUACCUCACAGGACAUCCAUGAUCAGCUCAGUAGUCUGUACGUUGACUGUGCUGCCACGGCAAGCUCUGGUCUACAGCCCGCCAUCAAGAUGGUCGGCAAGGAGCAUGUUGUGUAUGGCGCUGAUUGCGGUGUGCCUUGCUCCACGCACGCCACCAUGGAGAAGAACAAAGAGGCCGUCAUGGAGAUAGAAAGGGAGCUGGGCAUGAAGACCGGCACUGUUGGGAGGAAUGGAUGGGAGUUGUUCCCUUCUGCGGCGAAGCGCGUCGAGACUGGCACCAAACAACAGCAGUACCACCCAUCUGCCUAG